AUGGUUGCCGACGCGCUGACCAAGGCACUGGACAAGCAGACCUUCGAGCAGCACCUGCCACGACUGGUGGGAACCUCGACGGCUGAGACGGAGCAGAGGAAGGCAGUUGAGGGGGAUAAACACACACAACACCUGUCGUGUUUCUACACCGUCUUCAAGAGCCAGGACUUCACCGACCUGUGCCUGGCCUUCGACAUCAAGCAGCGCUUCUCGCCACCGCACUCGCAGGCCAAGAACGGAUCCGCGGAGCGCACUUUCCGCACCCUCUUCGAGACGGCGCGUACGAUGCUGUUUGCUGCGGACCUGGACAAGCCGUUCUGGGGCUUCGCCGUGCAGCACGCCACGCUGCUGCACAACAUCGCGCCACGCAGGAGCCUCAAGGACAAGUCACCCUUCGAGGCCCUGAUUGGGCACGCCUUCGACGUCAGCCUGUUGCGCGUCUUCGGCUCGCCGGCCUACGUGCAUGUGGAGAAGAGCAGCACGCGGCACAAGCUUGACCCACGCUCACGCGUCGGCGUCUACGUCGGCUUCGCCGAGGAGGACCAGGCCCACGUCGUCUGGAUGCCGGACACGCGACGCGUUGUCCACACCAUCCACGCACGCUUCGGCGCCAUCAAGAACAAGGACGCCGCCUCCUCUCAGCAGCAGCAAGAGCAGGACGACAGCAGUGCCUCUGCUUCGCAUGCCAACAAGACCGCUCAGCGUUCGACCGAGGACAGUGCCACCGGCGCUCCCACUGCACCACGUGCGGGGGAGCCGCAGCUCCAGCCACGCGCCCUUGGCGGCUCCGUCUGGGACCAGCUGCUGGUGUCCGAGACCCUCGGCGACAAGGACACCUCUGGUGGCUCAACCACCACGUGUCACGUUGCCACCAGCGCUGCUGGUACGGGGGAGAAGAUAUCAGCAGUGGGUGGUCAUCUACCAGACAUCGCUGCUGGCAGUUUUGCCACGUCAGCUGAGCCAGCCACCGUCAAGGAGGCGCUUGCCUCGCCAGACUCUGAGGAGUGGCGCCAAGCCAUCCUGGACGAGUUUGCGGCAAUGCAGGCCAAUGACGUCUACGACGUCGUGCCUCGCGCUGACCUUCCCAAGGGCCACAAGCUGCUCCGCAGCAUGGUCAUCUUUCGGAAGAAGCGUGACGACCAGGGCAAGGUGAUCAAGUACAAGGCGCGCUGGGUUGCCAAGGGCUACUCCCAGGUCCACGGUGUCAACUACACGGACACCUUUGCCCCGACGGCUACCAUCGCAGCCAUCCGCACCAUGCUCGCCAUGGCCGUCGCGCGUGGCAUGGACAUCCAGCAGAUGGACGUCAACACGGCGUUCCUCAACGCGCCCGUGGACCACGAGAUCUACGUCCAGCCACCGGCCGUCGACGGCAUCUUCUCGCCGAAUACAGUCCUGCGCCUCAAGCGUGGGCUGUAUGGCCUGAAGCAGAGCCCGCGCUUAUGGAACCACACGCUGGACGCCUGGAUGCGCGAGCAGGACUUCGUCGCCACAGCCACGGACACCUGCAUCUACCGCCGCACCUGCAAGGGUGGCAAGGUGAUGUGGGUUGCCGUCUACGUGGAUGACCUGCUCAUCUUCGCCGACAGCGACAGCGACAUGGCCGCGUUCAAGAACUCCAUCUCCAAGCGCUUCAAGAUGAAGGACCUGGGCAGUCCAGACAUAUGUCUCGGCAUCAAGGUGCAGCACGACCACAAGGCCAGGACCGUCACCAUGAGCCAGGAGCACUACCUGCGCAACGUGCUGGAGACCUUCGGCAUGGCUGACUGCAAGCCUGUCGGCACGCCGCUCUGCACGGGCUACGCUCCGUGA